AUGCCUUUCCCAUCAUCUCCGAUUACGAUUGAUGAAGCAGUGGCAUUCUUUCUGCAUAGCUAUGUUCUAAGACACGGCGAAAUUGCCAAUGCACACUUCACUCAUCAGCAGAUGAUAAAUUCUACCAAAUCGAGCGAGGCAGUGUUCUGGGGCGUGGGUGCCGUCGGAAUGGCAUCGCUAGCUAAUAUCAGAAAAUCAAAAGCUUUAAAUCUUAUAGCAACACGAAAAUAUAUAUCUGCUUUAAAACUCACGGCUGCAUCACUCCAGGACACCACGCUAUGCAAGUCCGACGAGACAGUCAUUGCAGUUGUCCUCCUGGGCAUGUUUGAGAUGGCGGAUUGCCUCCGGGUUGGCACCAAAGUUCCAACGCCCAUAGUCGAAUUAUCAAAAGCUGCAGAAAACUUACGGCCUCCAGGAGAAAAAUAUGCAGAUAUACUUGUUGACAUUGUUUCACGACUUACCACACUACGUGCCGAUAUCAAAUCUAGGAGAGUUACCGAUUGGCUGACGAUUCUUGAUAUGGCUGUGGAAAUUGACCAAUCUUUUACUCAAUGGGCAUCUGACGUGCCUGCUCGAUGGCGUUAUACUACAUCAUUCCACCACUCUGAUAAUAAUGUCAUCCUAGGGAAUUUUCCAAAGUGCAUGAACUAUACGUUUUGUGGUCGAUUUGAUAUAUACCCAGACCUUUGGGCAACCAACGUUUGGAACUAUUACCGCGCCACUCGAAUGAUUACUAACUGGAUGAUUCUUGACUUGCUUGCGCAUACACCCACAGAGACAUUUAACUGCUUACCAGAAACAAUAAACACUCUUCGACAAAAAGCCGAGGAAAAUAAAAUACUCCUAGCAGAAGAUAUAUGUGCUAGUGUGGCCUUUUCUUUCGAUCCUGUUGGCUGUCAGUCAAUCGUGUUGGGACAAAGGUUGCCUGACUCGACCUACACUCCUAGUGGCUGUUUGGGGGGUUCACUUUUGAUUUCUCCUAUAGCUGUUGCGGUAUGGAUAUCACGAUCACAACCAUAUCUAAGAAUGUGGAUGCUGUCAUGUCUUGAACACAUUGCACAUGACAUGGGUAUCGGCCGAGCGGGCGCAGUAUUUCGGCUAUUAGAGGAAAAUAAGACAAAUGAUGGUGAUAGCUAG